ACGCGUUCAAGGCUGAGUCGACCUAAGGGGAGCUGCGAUGAUGGCACUCAACGCGUCCCGAGCGGCCGUGUCAGCACUCCGUGGGGGGCGCCGGCCCCCCCUGCGUCUGCUUCCGCGCACGCAGCUCCGGUCGGUGUUUGGCGGGGGACUGUGGAGGAGGAGGGCCUACGCGGUGGUGGAGCCGGCCCUGGUGGGGCCAGCCCACGACGUGCCCAAGCACAUCGAGCGGCCGGACUACGUGCUGUCGGGGGCCGUGCCGGAGUGGGGCGACUACAUCGAGCUCAAGGGCCCGGAGGAGCUGGCGGGCGUGCGGGCCGCGUGCCAGCUGGCGCGCCACAUCCUCCUGCACACGGCCUCGCGCAUUCAGGUGGGCACGACGACGGAGGAGAUCGACGGCGUGGCGCACCGCGAGACGGUGGCGCACGGCGCCUACCCGUCGCCGCUCGGCUACCGCGGCUUCCCCAAGUCGGUGUGCACCUCCGUCAACAACGUGGCGUGCCACGGCAUCCCCGACAGCCGACCUCUGCAGAACGGAGACAUCGUCAACGUUGACGUCACGGUGUACCACAAGGGUUUCCACGGCGACACUUCGGAGACCGUGCUGGUGGGCGACGUGGACGCGGCCGGCCGGCGUCUCGUGGAGGCGGCGCGGCGUUGCCGUGACGCCGCCAUCGCCGCCUGCGGCCCGGGCCAGCCUCUGUGCAUCAUCGGCAACACCAUCAGCCGGCUUGCCCGUGACGGUGGCUUCUCCGUGUGUCCCUACUUCGUGGGACACGGCAUCGGCUCUUACUUCCACGGCCACCCCGAGGUCUGGCACCACGAGAACGACGUCGACCUGCUGAUGGAGGAGGGGAUGGUCUUCACCAUCGAACCAAUCCUGAUGGAGGGCUCGCCGGAGGUCAGAACGCUCGCAGACGGAUGGACCGUGGUCACGCUGGAUCACAGCAGGUCGGCGCAGGCGGAGCACACGGUCGCCAUCACCAGCAGCGGUGUGGAGACGCUCACCAGGGCCCCCCAUGAGCUGGAGUGACCAUCACCCACCCCAAUCCAAGGUCACCACCGUUUCCAGAAUCGGCGUCUUUGGUUGGCGGCUGAGAUCCGGGACCGCUCUCAUGGAAUUCAUCGCCGUCAACUGCACAGCGUCGAUCACGGGCUUGAUCUACGGAGGAGAAGCUGCCGACCAUGAUACAAUGACGACGUUGCCUGCAUGCAGCAACAACAGCAACGACAGCAACAACGCGCGAUUAUCACAACCCCGGCUUGUGGCGAUAAUGGAAUAGCGUUGAUAACAGAAGAUGCAGUGUACCCUUGAUACGACGGUGUUGCGUGCGUCUGCGUACAGAGCUGUGUUGAACCCCGGCUUGUGACGAUAAUGGAAUAAAGAUGUGUCUCGCUA